AUGAAUCGCACACACGACACACGAGGGCUGGGAAUAUUCCGAAUAGGAAAGACAAUCGAGAAAUACACCAGAAAAACGUACAAUAAAGCCAAAAAAAUAACAGAAAACGCAUCUUCUCUCCUCUCAGGAAAUGCAAGCAAAAAAGAAGGAACAUUGAAUGUAAAGCUGAUAGAGGAGUCCAUACGGCAGACAACUGACUACAUAGACGCCCAGAACAAAUCGCUCAGAUGCAACCAGACUGAGCUACAAGUAAAAGAAAACAGCCCGAUACUCCUGUACAUAAGAGAAAUGCAGGAUGUGAUUGAUAAGAUAGGCGGUCUAUACUCAGAUGUUUCCAUUCCCGUGGUACUUCUGCAUACGAUCAGACAGAGCGGAAAAAUGAAUGCAAAUUUGCUUUCAAUCGAGCAAAAGCUGCACUCCUCUCUUACAAGAAGAACUGCAAGCAAAAUAAGAGUAAAUAAUAAGAUAGUUACUCAUUUGGUCAGUGAUGCACUAUAUCCCAGCCGAUACCUUAAUUACGCCCUAAGUCGAAGUGCUCUUCUCUCUAAAGAGUAUGGAAGGCUGUUUGAGACAGUGGAAGAAGCUUUGCUGCAGGGCAGUGGAAGAAGAGCGAACAUAAAAUACACAGCAGAAAUACUGAAAGAAAUAAAAGAUGAAAUCACAAAGAAAAUAGAAAAUGAAAAAAUAAUUGAAGGUGUGCCAAUGUUCUGGGAAGUGCCACUUUUCAAAUACAUUCCCGUCGAGUCGCUAGCAAAAGAUGAAGAGAUAAUGAAAUAUUUAGAGGAAAGCACGAAUGACGAAGUAGAGAACAGCACUAGUGACAAGAUGAAGAAUAAGAAAGCUAAAAGUAAAAUAUUCGGUAAAGAAAAAACUGGUGGUGUGGCCAGUGGUGAAUCAAACAGCGAGUUAGAUGUGUCUGGAGUUGACGAGUCAUCUAUUAAAGAAGUAUAUGCUGCUAGAGCUGCUGUUAUCAGUGAAUUAGCCGGUAAUGAUGCUGUUAAAGAGGAUGAUGUGUGUAGUAGUAGUCUGGAAGAUCUGACAGAAAGUGCUGUUUAG